CCUCCAGCCACCAGUUCCGCCUGACUGCAUGGGCCCUCCAUCUAGGCAUGGCGCUGUCCUGGGUCCUUGCUGCCCUGAGCCUCCUUCCUCUGCUGGACGCCCAGAGCCCAGUGUGUGCCAACCUCACAGCGAUGCCCAUCACCAACGCCACCCUGGAGCAGAUCUCUGGCAAGUGGUUUUAUAUCGCCUCGGCCUUCCGCAAACCGGACUUCAACCAGUCGUCUAGAACGAUCCAUUCGGCCUUCUUUUACUUUGCUGUCAACCAUAGAGAUGACACAAUACUGCUCACGGAGUACCUAACCAUUGGGAACCAGUGCAUCUAUAACUCCAGCAGCUAUCUGAAGGUCCAGCGGAAGAAUGGGACCGUGUCCAAAAACGAGUCUGGCACAGAGGUAUUUGCCCAUCUCCUGCUCACCAAGGAUCCCAAGAUCUUCAUGCUUGCCUUCUCCCUGAAAGACGAGCAGAACAAGGGUCUGUCCUUCUACGCUGACAAGCCGGAAGUGACCGAGGAGCAAAUGAGAGUUUUCCAUGAAGCCAUCAGGUGCAUAGGCAUGCAGAAGUCGGAGAUCAGUUACACCGAUGCAAAAAAGGAUCUGUGUGGGCCACUGGAGAAGGAGCACAAGGAAGAAAGGCUGAAGGAAAGGGAGGGAGACACAGCACUGGGUUAGGACCUUGGGGACCUUGGGGCCCACCCUUUGGACAUCAGGUUUUUGUCUCAGGGCCAUCAAUAAAGCUUCUGCAUUUGAAACAGGG